UCCGCAGCCGCACUCCGCCCCGCACGCAGUUCGAGACCUUGACCAGCGUCAAGCCGUCAACACAUUUCGGCGCUGCCGUCCCUCGCCGUCCCCACUUCGCCGCUGACGAAACGCGGGGGGAUCCCCUCGAUCACUCCGCCGCGGACGCCGUACGGAAGCUCUCCUCGCUGCUCCCAUGGCAGCCUAGACGUCACCGCCCAGUGAAACCCUAGAUCAUCGGAGACGCGUCGCUCGUGGUCCCCGAGCUCACUGCUUGCUAGCGUCCAUGGCCUCCCCGCCGCCGGAGGCCGGAGAGAACGUCGGAGUCCCAUCAUCCAGCGGUACUUUGCCCCAGGAUAUAAGUGAUGUGUCCAAAUCUAUAGUUGGUCAGCCUCAAGCAGCAGAGCACGAAGGAAGUAGCCAGACAAGCGAACAAGCAGGGCAGCAACAUAUGGAUGCAGCAGAUCAUUUAUCUCAACCAAACUUGGUAACUGGAGAAUCCAUAAGUGAAAACUUUGUACAACUAGAGCAACACCAUUACCAGCCAGAACAAGAGCAGUCACUUUCCGAGAAUCAACUGCAACAGGCAGAUACAAAUAGCUUUCAGUUGUCUGAAAAAGGAACAGACUAUGCUGGUCAGCAGAGUUUUACAGGCUCGAUGGAAGAUGUUGCUCAACCUUCCGGAGUCCAGCAGCAAGCAAAUCCAAUGGUUGGUCAGCGAGCACCACCUAGUGCCCCGGAUACAAGGAAGAGGGGAUAUCAGCCAUCUAUACCAUUUAAUAUGCUGAUUCCAAUCCUACAAGCACAUCUUGAUAAAGACAAAGAUAUGCAGCUUCAAUCUGUAUGGGCAAAACUUAGGCGUAAUGAAGUCCAUAAAGAUGACUUCUUAAGAGUCAUAAGGAAUAUUGUUGGGGAUCAAAUGCUCAAGCAGGCAGCCCAUAAAGUUUUUGCACAGAUGCAAGCCCAGGCACAACGGAAUAACCAGGGAAAUGCAUCUCAAACAUCUACGCAACAGAGUCCUGCCAGUGGAUCAGCAAAACUGCAUAAUCAGCAAGUUCGCAUGCCUACCCCACCUAACCAGGGCCUGAAAAGCCAGGCAUCAUCCUCACCACAGACCUUUGUGCCACUUCCAGGCACACAAAUGCAAAGCAGUGUGCAUUAUUUUGUUCAUGAUAAUUCCGUCCAAAAUCCAGAUGCAAAGGGGAUGCAUGCUAUUCCAAAUCGACCACCUAGUAUCAACCCACCAAUUCCACUGCAAACAAGUAACAAACCGCAGCAUUCCACACAAGUCCAGCAAGCCUUGCCGCAUUUAUAUGGAACCACUAACCCUCCUCCCCAGGCAUACCCUCGGCCAAUCAGUGGUUCAAUGCCUCUUAGACCACAGAGUUCAGCAUCUGAUAUACGGCCUGCCUUGCAUUCUCAUGGAAUGGUUGCUGCAAAACUUGGGACGGUUCCUACUCAUCCGACGAUGCAACACAAUGCAUCUGCACGCCAAAUACAACAAAGCAAGGACACGAAAACCAAUUCUUUGAAUCCAAAAGCUAAUACAAAACAAAAUUCUGAGUCAGCAGGCAAGGCCCGCAUGGUUGGCACAGGAGGUCCUUCGGCGAAGUUGCAUGGGAAGCAGGCUCCACCUAACACAUCGACACCACCUGCCACAAGGACUAAUAAGAAAUCUGGUGUCCAGAAGAAAUCAUUGGAAAUGGCUGGCUCUGCACCAUCACCAUCUAGCAAAAGACAAAAGACAUCCGGAGCCUUCCAGGAACAAAGCAUCGAUCAACUUAAUGAUGUCACAGCUGUUAGUGGUGUUAAUCUUAGGGAAGAAGAAGAGCAGCUGCUCUCUGCCCCCAAGGAAGAGAACCUAGUCUCAGAGGCAGCACGGAAAAUUGUACAAGAAGAAGAAGAAAAUCUCUUUCUGCAGAAGGGCCCUCUGCUGAAGAAACUAGCAGAAAUCAUUCUUAAAUGUAACCUGAAGAAUGCUAGUGCUGAUGUUGAGAGCUGCUUAUCAAUGUGCGUGGAGGAGCGAUUGCGAAGAUUCAUAAGUACUCUCAUAAGAGUUUCAAAGCAGAGAAUCGACACAGAGAAGACUAGUCAUCGACUAGUUAUUACUUCAGAUGUCGGCCGUCAAAUUUUGCAGAUGAACCAGAAAGCUAAAGAUGAAUGGGACAAAAAGCAAGCAGAAACUGACAAGAACAAGAAACAAACUGAGGAGGACGGCAAUGUUGGUGCAGAGAUGGACAAAGAAAAAGAGGAAAGUCGUCCAAAGAAUGCAAAGCCCAACAAAGAAGAGGAUGAUAAAAUGAGAACUACAGCUGCAAAUGUUGCUGCCCGGCAGGCAGUUGGAGGAAGUGAUAUGCUGUCAAAGUGGCAGCUGAUGGCUGAACAAGCUAGGCAGAAGCGAGCACCAGUUCCAAGGCCAUCACAUAUAACUGGAAAAGGUUCUGCAGAACACAAUGAAGCUUCAAAGAGGAGCCAUUUUGCAGCCUUUGGAACUGGAGGCAUGAAAAGCCAAGGCAGGGGUACAUUUGCGGAGCGUCAUUCACAUGGGCCGCAACGAACUGUUUCUGUGAAGGAUGUAAUCAGUGUCCUCGAGAGAGAGCCUCAGAUGACAAAAUCGCGGCUGAUAUAUCGGCUGUAUGAGCGAUUGCCUGGAGAAUCUACCACAGAUUAGACUGAAUUAGUACAUUUAGUGUAACCUAUAUGUGUAACGUUGUUCAUGCAUAACUUAUAGCCUGAUCUGCCCAUGUGGUUUAGGGUGAGAAGAUAAACUGAUGCCAGUGCCAGCUAGUUGACGCUACAGAUCUCCUUUAACUCAUAAAAUGGUGAAUUGCCAUCAAGAUGGUUAUGUGAAGAUUCCAGUGUAACUGUGUAAGAAUAAUUGUGAUGGCAACAAAGAUGGUUGACUGCUUGUA